CCGGCACAUGGUCUUUUCGACUGCCAUGUCAAGCUUUCACAAGACGUUACUAAUAGAUGGGAAGGGUCACCUUCAGGGCCGAUUGGCCUCGUUGGUGGCCAAGAACCUUCUUCAAGGUCAAAAGAUUGUCAUUGUUCGAUGUGAAGGAAUCGACAUCUCCGGUAGCUUCUACCGAAACAAAUUGAAGUACCUGCAGUUUCUGCGCAAGAGAACCAACACCAAGCCUAGCCGUGGUCCCUACCAUCUUAGGUCACCCAGCCGUAUCUUCUGGAGGGUUGUCAGAGGCAUGUUGCCACACAAGCGUGCAAGAGGCAAGGAUGCCCUAAGCAGACUGAAGGUCUUCGAGGGAGUCCCACCUCCAUAUGACAAGAAAAAGAAGUUUGUUGCUCCACCAGCACUCCGGUCAGUGCGGCUAAAGCAAAACAGAAAGUUCUGCAAUCUCGGACGUCUAGCCCACGAGGUUGGAUGGAAAUACAAGGAGAUUAUCGAGACCCUGGAGGAGAAGAGAAAGGCCAGGUCCUGGGAGCGCUGGAAGGUCAAGAGAACUGGCCUGCAACUGCGUCGCAAGGCAGCCAAGAGUGUCAGAGACAAGGUCGCCCCCUACCAGAAGAUCAUCCGCCAGUACGGUUACAAGUAAACAAAACGAUUCAACAGAGCAGUUACCAUGGCAAUCGGCCUCUUUGAUACACAUCCACAGUCUAAAGAGGAGCUCUACAAUCUAUACAGAAAACGAAUGCGUCCAACCGGACAAUUUGGUUGACAUCGCGUUUACAGUUUUCAUCCCAAACCAGGACAUACUUGAUAAGAUAAGGGAACAUAGUCUGAAUGUGUCGAUAAAGCAGUCAGCAAGAUUAUAGUACAAUUUUUUGUUUAUAAAAAAGCUGAAAGUACAAUAAAGACAUGGAAAUGAAAUUAUA